AUGGACCAGUUCAGUGUUCGAACUAUUGACCUGCAACAGGUGCAAAACCAGACCCGCCACAAGACCGACGGUCUGAGCUCCAGCACUGUGGUUCUGCGGAGAGGACAGGCCUUCACAGUGACAAUCAACUAUGAUGGACGACCAUUCGAUCCACUGAUGGAAAAACUGAUCUUCCAAAUUGUUCUAGGUCCGGUGUCUGUGGAGGUCCCGGUCUCCAGGCUCGGACAGCCCUCUCUGACUCAAUGGAGCGCUGUUCUGGAGAGGCGUUUACCGAACCCGACUGGGUUCGCUAAACGUGCGCUAUCUGUAUCACUGUCCAGCCCUGCGUCUGCUUCUAUCGGCGUCUACACGCUCCAGCUGAGGGUCGAGACCCGUCUGAAUGUGAAAACACACUCGCUCGGCCAGAUCACGCUCCUCUGCAACCCCUGGUGCCAAACUGAUUCGGUGUUCCUGCAGUCGGAGGAUCUGAGGACUGAAUAUGUCAGGAGUGAUAUUGGCCUGCUGUUUAAAGGCAGCCCCGGUAACAUGGUCUCCAGACCCUGGUCGUUCGAUCAGUUUGAAAAGGGGAUACUGGACAUCUGUAUGAAAUUGCUGCAGUUGAGUCCUCAACAUCAAGCGGACAUGAGAACAGAUCUGCAGAACCGCAGCAAUCCGGUGUACAUCGGCCGCGUGAUCUCAGCGAUGGUGAACUCUAAUGAUGAUAAAGGGGUUUUAAUGGGAAACUGGUCAGGUGACUACAGCGGUGGCAUCAACCCUUCACAGUGGUCCGGCAGCGCAGAUAUUCUCAAGAAGUGGGCAGAAGCACAAUUCAGGCCUGUGAAAUACGGACAGUGCUGGGUGUUUGCUGCUGUCAUGUGUACAGUAAUGAGAGCCCUUGGCAUUCCGACUCGAGUCAUCACCAACUUCAACUCCGCUCAUGACACAGACGGAAAUAUGGUGAUUGAGGAAUAUUACAAUGAGAUGGGGAAAAAGCUGUCUAUGAGCAAAGAUAGCAUCUGGAACUUCCACGUGUGGGUGGAGAGUUGGAUGAAGAGGCCUGAUCUGGGUCAAGGCUAUGACGGAUGGCAGGUUCUCGACGCCACGCCACAAGAGAAGAGCGCAGGAAUGUUCCGCUGUGGCCCUGCUGCUGUUAAAGCCAUCUAUCAGAAGAAGGUGGAGGCGCAAUACGAUGUGCCGUUCGUUUAUGCAGAAGUGAACGCAGAUGUGCGUACAAUAAUCAUCAAAGAUAAGAAGGUAUUAUCAACCAGCAUUGAUAAAAAAAGAGUUGGAGCCCUGAUCUCCACCAAACGUCCAGGAUCCAUGCUAAUGCAGGACGUCACGUCUGAAUACAAAACUGAGAAGGGCGCUGGUGCACCAGGCGUUGUUGCUAUCUCAAGACCCCAUAUUCGAGAGGAUGACAGCGCAGGUGAAAGGGAAGAGGAUGACAGCGCAGGUGAAAGGGAAGCUUCUAAGGGCAUUGAAGUUUCUCUCCAGCUUCUGAAAGCCCCUGUAGUCGGAGAAAACAUUUCUUUCAAUGUCAUAAUCACUAACAAUGUGGCUGCUCCGAAACUGCUGAAAAAACACGUGAACGCUCAGAACAAGGAGUACAACCGCAAUCCCACUGGAACCUUCUGGGAGGCUCACGACGAUGUGAAGAUCGCCCCGAAUGAAACUGUGACUAUAAAACAUGAGAUCCCCUUCAACGCCUACAUGCUGAAGGAGGCUGUGGAGGAUUAUAUGGUUAACCUGGCCGUGGUUAUAGAGGAUGUGGAGUCUCAGGAGAGAGUGCUGGCAUCAGAAGAGUUCAACAUCCGCAGCCCUGCUCUCAGUGUACAGGUAUAUA